AUUUUCGACUUCAAGCAUUUAGACCGUUGCCUGGCUCAGACCCACAGACUUCCUCGGCAGUCAACUUCACUGAUUGGUUUUGACAAUAUGACUACUUCAGGAACCUGAACUUCACUCGUAUGGGCAGGUUGCACUGCAUUUGGAAACCGUAUUCAGUACAAAGCAGAUAUUCAGAAAUGAUUGGUUUCUAUUUGGAUGAAAGAAUCUGUUUCAUACCUUUGGAAAUUUCGUUUGAUUAUAGGAAAAUAUGAGUUGUUGAUGAACAUUCGAUGACGUUCUGUGCAUCGUCAUACCCGGUGACGAUCGAUUUCAUUGCCAAUUAUUACAGAGAUCCAAAUGAAUCGUCACCAGUACGGAUCCAUGGACUUAACACAGAUUACAGCGGACUGAUUAAUUUGGAUUAUGUGAUUAUGUCCUGCAGUUGUUAAAAUUAAAAAGCGGAUUAUCACCCUCGAUGCCAACUUUUUCAGAGUGAUACAACCAAAUAUUUUGUUACCUACAUGGUUGCUGCGUUAGAAGCCAGGAUGUACGCACCGACAUAGAGGCCAUAAACCUAUAGCAUCUGAGCCUGGGAAAGCUAAUCAAACGAUUAUAUCAUGCUUAAACAAUAUCGAACUUGUGACGGAAAAAUGGCUUUACAGUUUUCACUAAUUUUUUGCACUAUCAUUGCAUUGACCAAUGCCGUGAUUUUCACCAGUGAGCCCGAGGACCUAAUGGUCGACCAGGGGUCUCGAUUCCACCUCAACUGUGCCAUCCACGGACUCCUUGCAAACCAAGAGGUCGUCUGGAGGAAGAACAACAUCUCCAUCAGCAUCGGUGCCGACGUGAUGGGUGACCACCUCAUCGUCGACCUCAAGAGAUACCGUGUCGUCCAGGACAUCACCCAGGGGUCGUACCAACUGAAUGUCUUUGACAUCGCAAGAAUGGACGAUGGUGAGUACCAGUGCGUGGUGUACAACAAUACUGGAAUCCACCUUCAUGAAGUGGCUGCCCAGUCUCGGACAGCCAUGGUCACUGUCUACUACACACCUGUCAAGAAGUAUCCCUACUGUCCUUUUGGUGAAGCAUCCAGGGAACUGAAUGUUGGUGAGAACAUCCCAGCUUGUAUAUCUGAGAAGGGACUCCCACCGGUGAUGCUCGAGCUCCAGGGUACCUUUGAUGAUUUGCCUGCGACUCACACAGAUUACUCAACAGUCACAGGGUUUGCCGUCUUGACGAUGAAUGUAUCGGAAGCUGAUGAAGGAAGGACGUAUACUUGCCGUGCAAGAAGUUCGGAUUUCCAAUUCUAUACGAGUACAUGUGAUGUUGGACCUCUACGGGUGGUUUAUCCGCCGCGUGUUGCGAUCAGACCGAUCAAGGCAGUCCCGUCGGUCGGUGACGAAGCCGUCUUCGUAUGCGAGAUCGUUGCUAAUCCUCAACCAACCAGCAUCGUAUGGUCAUUCAUCCCACCAAUGGAUAAAUCACGAUAUCGGCUUUAUGAUGAGAACAGGACCUUGGAGAUCGUACGCAUUCGUGAACAGGACGAUAACCGCAUACUCGUCUGCACCGCAGGGAAUCGUAAGGGCAAUACGUCCUCGGAGCGAGUCGUUGCGCUCUCAAAGACCCACCGUCCUCGGGGAUCGGACCCACAUGCUCCAAACGAAAGACAACACAACCAAGAUCACUUCCUUUUCACACGAUGCAGUGAUGCCAAUGCCGUGAUCGUAGCUUGCCUGAUCGCCCUCGCCAUUCUCUUUCUCGUAUUCGUGUUCGUGGUUUGCUGUCGAACAAAGAGUUGCAAGUGCUUGAAAUCGCCGUCAAAAUCCUGCACUGCCCAGAAGAAAAUACAACAGAUUGAUCAUAUUGAUGCGAGCUAUACGAUGUCGAAUGACGACACGCAAUUGAUUGUUAAAUGAGUGGAUCUUCAUGUAACUAAGCUUUAGAAAUGUUAGACGAAUCGGAGACAUGCUGCUGCCAUCGAUUUUUCGCAUGGACAACUUUAUGUAUUACUUUCUAUAUGUCAUGAAUGAUAAUUAUGAAAGGAAGUUACGUAUGUAAGUUCAUUUUGAAUUGGAUGAACACACGUACUUACUUCGUUUAUGGACUUGUUUAAGCAUUUUAUUGAGAAGAAAGAGCACAGGUCAGUCAUAAUUGAGCACGGACAAACGGUAAACAAAUAGAGUCAUCCAAAAUCUUUAAUAUAAAAGCAUCAAUUGUCAUAGACGAUUUCAUUUUAAUUGGUAUAAAGAAAAAGAAAACCUCAAGCACGAAUAACGCUGAAAAUGUUGAACAUCAUCAUAAAAAAUCGUAUCAGUAAGUUAUAUUAAACAUAUUUACAUGAAGUUUCGCUUAGUUUCCACAUUCUUGAGGAGCACAAUAUAUAAGAACAAACGCGUGCAGUAUGCAAAAUAACCGUUGACGUCACGCACUAACUACCGUACUUAGUAUUUUUCAGUUUCCUGAUUUAGAAUAGGAUAUAUAUUUCACUUUUUCACAUCCCAUGAUAUAAAUCAUGUUUAGACUAAAACUGGAACUUGUUGAAUUGUCAUGAUCAACAAUAAAAAUCGGUUCAGUCAAAUGAUUCUAUAUAUAUGUUAUCAGACCUACAUUAUAUUAAAGUAUUUAAUGUUCAUAUGAUGAAGGAUAAAAAUAAAUGUGCAUAUCACUCGUAUAUAUGACAGGAACAGUUUAUUGAUAACAAUUCAUAUGACUGACAGCCAUUGACUGCCAAUACAGGAAUUCCACCAAUUAAACAUUGAAUUUGCGUCUGAUAUUAAUGUUUGUUUGUUUUUUAAUCUGAUGCUUAUUAAACUUUUCUUUAUUAAUCAUUUGAAAUCGGCAUUUUUUUUUUUUGGGGGGGGGGGUGUAUUGGCAUUUAAGUUUAAUCGUAGAUAGGGGAACUGAGAAAUGAGAGAAAGACACAAAUGAAUGAUUUCAAUAAAGGAGUACAUAACUGAAUCGUAGAAUGAUUUAAAUGACCUUAUGAGGUCCAGUGUCUCACUGAGCAAAAUAUUGCUUAGUUUUUUAACUAUUCAUGAAGAUGUACGAGCGAGCAAAGCGAUAGGAAUAAUCUUUCAUAUGAGUAUUUCUGUACUUUUAAUGUAAAGGGCCAAUGAUCCGGGAAUUAUUGUGUGCAAAGUACAGUAAUAUCAUGAUAUGAUUGUUGACACACGGUGGCGUAACUACGGGGGGGGGGGGGGCAUGGGGGGCACGUGUCCCCCCCAAUCGGCUGACCAAAAAAAAAACCGGAGAAAAGGAGAAAAAGAGGAAGAAAGGAAGAGAAACGAAGUGGGAAAGAAGAACUUCUUAUUCAUCAUAAUUUUAUAUUGUAAUUAUGUUAUGUUACAUUACAUAAUAAACAUUUUUAUCAUAACUUUAUGAAACAUAAUUUUCUAGGGCCUAUGUCUUCACUGUUCUUGGUGCUUUCAUUGUCUGUUUAAUGAGAUAUAUAAUCCUGUUGUACUAAUACCUCCCGUUUUCAAGUCAAUAUACACCAAAUAUAUUUCCUCGCACUUCGAGUUAUUAUUGUUUUAUGUAGUGACAUAUGCUUCUUUUUCAUGACUACUUAAAGUGAUUGCCCCAUGUUAAGGUCUUAAUAUAAAACAUUUUCUGUCCGUGAUUACGUUCGCAAUAGUGGAUUUGUUAGAUAUGUCUGCUCUCCAUGAAUACGGAUCAGUCCUUGAAAUGUCCCUUUUUUCUGAUGUGAAUAUCAAAAAUUUUCAGCUCGCGCUUCGCGCUCGCAUCACUUGAUUAGUGAAACACGUAUGGUCUUCGUAAAUUCCUACAAACAAGCCUUAAAAUGCCCCUCUUCAGGUCUGAAUUAUCUAAAUUUUCAGCUCGCGCUUCGCGCUCGCAAUGUUUAAUUAGUGAGAUGCGUAUGAUAUUCAUGAUUACAAUGACUACAAGUGCUUUAUGUGUUUAGAUGUAAUUCUAACAAAAUCAGCAAGCGCUUGGCACUCGCAUUAGAUGACUAUGGUUAGAUAUGUAUACUCUUAAUGGAUUCCUAAAAUAUAGUCCUUAAAAUCUCCUUGUUUGGGGUCAAUAUAUAUACAAAAUUCCAGCUCGCGCUUCGCGCUCGCAUUGUUUAUCGAGAUAGGUGCGUACCAUGAUUACAAAAAUGUGAUUAUUUGAUUAAGUCUGAAUAUCAACAAUUUCAGCUCGCGCUUCGCGCUCACAUUAUUUGAUUAGUGAGGUACAUAUCCGUUUAAUGGCAUUGUCUUUAAAAUGUCUCUAUUAGGUCAGUAUACCUGGCAACUGAGAGCGCUUCGCGCGCUCACGUAGUGACUCAACAUUUUUGCUGGUGCCCCCCCCCCAUGCCGUGACCCACGGUACGCCACUGUUGACACAAGUACAAUUUUGGUGAGGAUUUUGGGAGGCUUUAGCCACACCUAAACCUCGCCAAAUUAGUCAGUCACUUUUAUCUCGAGGUCUUUUUUCAAAGCCGAUGUGCUUCGUGUUUUUUUUUUCAGAAUUAAUUAGCGUUGCAUGUUUAUGAAACAAAUUAUUCGACAGCGCUUAGUUAUUCAUUUGUCGUGCAUAUGCGGACAUAAAUUAUCAUCGAGCGAUAUACACUUAAGUGAAGUGCCAUAGGCAAGAUAGGUGAACGAACGAGAAAAUUACGGUAUACAUGCAGGCUAUAAUCCAAAGUUCACACGAUCACACCAAACAUGCCAAAGGGGAAGCAUUUUACAAACCGCAAUAAAAAAAUGAUGUAUGUAUAUAAACGAUCUCGUGAUUCAAUCAUCACAGUAAGUAAGGUGCAUGAUGGUAAGGAGAAUAUAUUUAUAUUUAUAGGGGACAGGAGUGGCAAUUCCAACAUAACAUGAUAUUGAUGUACUUGACUAAUUUAAAAGGUGGAGUCGGAUAAAUAAUCAUAUCACUGAAGAAAAUGAUCGAUGUAUUUGUAGUCGCAGAUUUAACAACAUGCCAGGAAUGUUAUCAAUUAACCAGGCUGAAUUAUGUGGGAUACUUUUGAUGUUUGUUGCUUGUAUGUGCACCGGGAAGGUGAUUAAUUUAAGAGAGGGACAAGAUGCUCAUCUCACAUUUCAAUAUAACUGCAGCUACACUGAAGUAACUUUACGACAUUGGUAUAAAAGUCCCUUUUACAUUUUGCCAAAUUUAGCAUCCAUCCCUUUGGCCUCCUAUCCUCAAAGUAGAUUCACUAUAAAGAACAAUGUCACAACUGAUCGGUGUUCAAUUCAUCUGAAGAUCACUCCGGUUCGUAGACAUGAUGCAGGAACUUAUAUCGCUCAAGUAUACAAGGAUGGUGGUGGUUUACCUGAUAUGAAACGGAUUGGACUGAAUGUUGGUUAUCCUCCUGAUAAGGCAUCCUGCGAACGGAGAGAAGGGUCUUCUGUUCGAGGUUGGGAUUUAUUGCACUGUACGGCUUCAGCUGGCACCAUGUCAGGACUCUUUGAAUGCUACCAGAGGGGUGAAAGACUACCCCCUUAUAGCGCACCUAUCAAGGAUCACCUACUGGAACAGACCUUUUGGUUUAGGCUGUCGUCUCCUGUGUUUUGUUGUUCAUCCGCUGUGGAGCUACGAAAAGACCAGUGUAAAUGUGACGAUUUUGUCUGGGUGCCCACAAAUUUCACAAGAUCAAACAGACAUAUUAUCAAACCCUGUCAACCCACAGCUCAUGCUGACAGGCCUUUAGAAUUUACCACUCCCCACGCCCCUUCUUCGCUUGAUGUGUUUGAAUAUGCAGUGAAUAUGCCAACGACUCAAAACUUUGAAGGAAACAAGUGUUCAAGUUCUCCUGAUCUAUCGUCGGAAACUGUUUCACUGGUGUCACUAAAAACUGGAGUACCGCAGGUUUUGAAAUGGAUCUAUAUGAUAUUUGCCGGUAUAUGUAUCAUGGUAGUCCUCUGUUUCGUUACCUGUAUAAAACUUUACUUCGGUCUAAAGACUGAAAGUGUAAAGAGUGAAUCAAUUGCGUAGCAGGAUGAAAGGGGGGGGGGGGGUGAUAGGUGAGUGUGCGAGGGGCUGGUCCUCUGCGUGUCACGUUCAAAUUGAUACACAAUAAGACAAAGUAUUUUGUAAAAAAAAAAAAAAAAAACAUCGGUGUCAGAUGUUGGAGCGGACCUUUUGCUUCAAAUGUAUUUUUUACCCAAUUUAAAUCAGUUAUUAUUAUAUCAUUAUGAUUAUUAUUGCUAUCAUCAUAAUCAUUGUUAUUGCAAUAUUUAUUCAUUAUUAUAUUUCUUCUUCUUCUUCUCCUUCUUCUUCUUAUUUUUCUUCUUUUUUUCUUCUCCUUCUUCUUCUUCUUCUUCUUCGUCUUCUUAUUUAUUAUUACUUUACCAUCAUCCAUAUAACCUUCCUAAACUACGAAUAUUUCUACUCACUCCAUAGUAAUAACAGUUAUGAUAAAAUCGCUAUGAAUUGAUAUGAUGAUAAGUAACAUGCUCACAAUUCGAUGAUUCAUCUGUUUUAUCAGGAUUAGCCAAACGAAACCAUUAAUAAAGUAUGGUGACGAAGAUUACACAGAGAAUGAAAAUACAGACCAGUUAAUACAGAUAACCUUGUGCGUCAAUGAUAGCCAUGACAAAGAUUGAUAAAAAUUAUGUUAUGAUUUCGACGUCAUACUCCAUUUCCUUGCGGCAGCAUUGAAACCCCUUCCAUACUCCCCUCUCAUCGGUGAUGACCGCUCAGAGAUAGGCUAAUGGGGGGGGGGGGGCAAUUUAAAAGAUACAUAGAAUAACUACAAAUUAUUUUAGAGUGUAGCAAGCCGCUAUUGAUAUAUUUAAUAACAAUGAAAGACCUUGUAAAAAGGUCAUGAGAAAUAUAUUUGAAUUACCCAUUUGUGAUUUAGGUGCUACAUAAUUAUCAUGUGUGAUCCUGCUGAUGAGAACUGUUAUUGGCGUGUUUGGCCUGCCAUAGCUCUGUAUCAGUCAGAUGCCCCCUAAAAAAUGGAUAGCAAAUAAUAUUGACGUAGCAUACAGGAAAUCAAAUAAGGGAGCACGAUCUCCGAAAAUUUGAUUCGAUGACGAAUAUCCCUCAGAAAUUGACCCUGAAACAUAUUUUGCCAGUUACAAGGUCAAUAUCAAUGUAGAAAACCAAUUUAUGAUUAUGUGUGGAUAAGUAGUAAUUCAUUCCACUUUUAAACAAUUUGUAUUUAUUAUGUGAUCAUAAAUUUCUAAAAUUAUCAUAUGCAGUCUAAAAGAAACUGAUAAAGUCGAACAAAAAAAAUCAAACAUAUAUAGAUAUAUUGCAAAAAUUCAAAAAAAUAUCUCAGUGUAUAAGUUAGACGAAAACAAUCCCAAAUCGUUUUACUUGCAGAAAAAGGGUGUUGGCCCUAUUUAAAAUUAUCAUUUUUUCAUCAUUCCUAAUUGACGGUUUUUAUUCACAGGGAAUUAAACUUGUAAUAACAUUUUUCCAAUGUUUCCUUUUCUGCUUUUGAUUCAGCAUACAGAAAGCAAGUAGGUCAUUCCCCGUUACAAUUAACUAUUUGCAAGUAAUGUAUGAUUAAUCUUGUAACUAUUUUAUCCAACAUGUCCAAAUGUAUUUGGGGAUGGUGUAAAGAGAUGUAAUACUCACAAAAUGAUAGAACAUGCUUGAACAUGUUCGAAAUAUAUGAUUGAACAUUGUAUUACUUCGUUUAUAAGAACAAUUACUAAUUGCAUGAUCUGUAUUAUGUUCAGGGACUUACAUAACCCUAAUUAUUUUAUAUCAGGACUAUGAUUUACUCGAUUUACUUGCUAAAAAUAUACGUAUUUUGGCAGGCUAUAUGUUGCAGUAUAUAUACGUAUAACAUUGUUAUGAUAAUCGUUGAUGUAAACUUUGAAAAACUUAAAUAGGAAACUCUGAAAUAUAUAACUUUAUGUGUUUGUGUUAAUUGGGGUGACAAACACUGUAUGUUACAUCGUGUUACCUGCAGAUAAGUCAUGGGAAGAUGUUUUACAUUACAUUAAAUGCGGUAGAUAGAAUUAUUUUGACAUUAUUUCAGGGGUCGCGGAGCCGGGGGAAGGGAGCUGGGGGUUGAAGCCCCCACUUUUUUCAAUAAACAUGUACAAAAACGUAAAAAAUACCAUCUAAUGUGAUUUUCUAUAUGAUCAGCCCCCCCCCCCACGUUCGGCUGAGCCCCACCCCGUUUGAACCAUUCUGUCAUCCCUGUAUAGCUUA